AGUUAAUCUUUUAGUUCAGUGACCUUUCAUAAGAAAUUUAUUAAGAAAACUAUUUCAAUUCUCCAUCAGCUGCACUUGCAUCAAGCAUCAUGAUGUCCUUACAUGUCAACAUAAGGUUCCAUAUAGGCUGACACAUCCAGCUCUAAACCCCCAAGCCCAAGUUAAAAGUUAAAGUUGGUAUGCACAGGUGCAAAGUACUUGCAGCAGAAUCACAAGCACAUAACACUACAUAAAAGUAGCAUUAAAAAAAACAUAAAUUUAACACAUAUUACACACAAUUUUUACAAGAAAGAACACAAUUAGAAUUAUUUUUUUUAAACAAGCCAGUUUGCUGCAAAGUGGUCAUAAUGUUGUUAAAGUGUAGCAAUUGGGUUUUGCCAGUUGUUUCAAGAACCCAACGGUUGAUGGCAAGUCUUCUGUCCAAUGUCUGCUCCUCCAAUGUCCAGCACAGGAUGAACAGAAAUAUACGGUGUAAACGUUUUUGGGAUGAUGAAAGCCAUAAGGCUGAAUUUAACACAAUGCAAAGAACGUAAAGAAUGUUCUUAUUCACAAACAAGGAGUUAUGUCAAAAGUAUUGAAAACAAAAGUUCUGUCAUUAUUCAGCAGUAUGUGCUAUGCGGAAUGCUGAGAUGCCGGGUUGGGUCAAUUACCUUGCUACAGAAUUGCGUUGAAUACUUUCUGACUGAUUUCAUUGUUCAACCCUCGAUCCAUGUUCAAAGUCAUUACAUUGCCUUUCCGUUUCAUUGAGGCUGUGUGAAUCUAUGCGAAGGAUGGAAUCACGAAGACUGUGAAUGGAAUUUAUUGCUCUAACUUUUAAUGAUGAUCUGCACGCUGAGAUUGCUGAAGCGCCCCUACAAAGCUCAACCUGAAAUCGGUUUAAUGGAAGAUGAAGAUUUAUUUCUUCCAUCCAUUCAUGCGUUCAACACAAAAUAUCUUCCAUACCACAGCAAACCCUAUGCCCUAGUCAUAGCUCCUAUUCCUGCCAACGGUCCGAGGGGCGGGACACACAACUUUUAACGUUAUAUUUGAUUCAGAGAACACUUUUGACCACGUCUCUGCAUUAUCUUUAAACACACCUAUCUUUGUAACAUAACCCAAAUGUGCCUGUGAAAUCCUCAUCUAUACCGUUAAGUCUCGAGUUAAAGAUUGCCCUUUCUUCCGGUCUCCCACGCUCGGUACAGUUGAAGCCAUCCAAAACCCCGCCACAGGUGAUCGACUCAGCCAUUCUUCCAUCGCCUUUUUUUUAAAUUUGCGGACGCGCGGUAGCUUCCAGUUAAAUAAUCUUAAUUUUAAAAUACUCGCAUCCUUAUUUUCCAGUUGUUUCCAUGGUUUAUCUCCUUUUGGUGUCCGUAAACUCCUAUCUACAACUCGCCCAGAGAUUUCGUCCGGUCCUGGCCUAAUGAUAAUAGCCAAUGUUAUUGUUCUGCUAUUCCCCAUCAGGCUGGAGACGUUGGCAGUGGAAUUUAACUCCUCUUUUUCAUUACCUUCAGAAUCUACUUUUUUUGCCUGUGCCCUCCCUCUCCCCCACGUUGCCCCGUUGGAACACCGUGCGGGGUUUACCACAUUUAGCACGCUGCGCAAGUGCAUCAAAUUCCAUCUUGUUCUCACCGUGAGCCACCUAGUGAAGGGUUUAGCCUAAUUUCUUCAGUUGAAUCGAAAACAAAGAAUUAACCGAGGCUUCACAUUUGGUUUCUUUGGCAUUAAAGUACGGCCGUUUGCCGGAUGAAAUUAACGUGGAAAAGUGUCGGUGGUCCAACUCCGAUCAGAUGUGAAUUCUUCCCUUGGCUUUUUUUUUAACCAGCUUUCUGUAGUCUUUCGCUAUUUCCCCUUUCUAAACCUAGCUUGCUGCUUUAAGGAAAUUAGUAAAAAUAUUUGCUUAAUUAGUAAAAUUAAGUUACUGUUACUGGCUAUCAAGCAAGUUUGCCCAUAACUUUCCAUUGUCCGCCACUGAGUGCUGUGCCUCUCCGUGAUCAGUGUGUACGUGCCUUUGGACAACUGACCCUUUUUGUGGUUGGAUUUAGUUGGACUAAGAGAGCCCAAUUUAACAAACUUUCAAAAGAAUUUUGAAACGCUAACUUCUUAAAAAGGCAACUAGAACCUUGGACCUCAAGGAAUUCGUGUGGCGCCAAUAUUGUCCCGCAACACCCCUCUUUUGCGGAACUCCGACAGUAGUCGGAGCAGGGCGAAUGUCUAGUUAAAAGCACAGAAGCGUUUCAGUUUUGAUUUCUAAAUGCAUUUUGACGGAGACCAGUGCCUACUACACUCCGGUCUGUAGGGUUUCUCUGCCACCCAUUUACUGUAGACGAUUAAAGAGGUGUGACCAGCAGAUUGCUUCACUCCUGAGAAUUUACCCCGCCCAGACGGAGGAGUGAGUUUGAACAUCAGAACAAAGCAGGGGCAUUCUUUCCACGUUCUGUGAUCGAUAAUUAGUAUUUAAAAUUUCCCGUUCACCCGUCAACUCGCAAAAAGUUUCUCUCAAACUUCAACCUGACUUCACCUGAACUCGGCACUUCCGGGUUGGACAACCUCCUAAGAACUGGAGCAAACGAAACCAAUCCCUAGUUUCGUGUUUUUCCUUCGAAAGAGUUCGGGUUUCAGCAUGGCAGAGCCUAACGAUAUCCCAUUGAGGACGUUGUCAGGCAGACCCGAUCAUGUGGACGCCGGGGAGCAAAGUACGCAGCUCCUUGAUGCCUCGGCCAGGCAGUCAAAAGAAAAUACUCCAAUGAUUCUCAGAUAUAUGCCCACUAGAGAUACGUGCAACAAAAUGAUCUGCUGGAGGUGUAAAAUGUGGAUGUUGAUUGUUUCAUCAGUUGCAAUAUUAACCGCAGCCAUUAUCAUCAUUGUAAUUCUCAGUAUAAGAGCCACACCACUGGAUGACGAUUUCAUUGAUCCAAACCUCAAAAUCCAUGGAACUCCCCGAUAUUAUAUUGGAAGCAUAAAAAUAUCCAAUUAUUCAUUUACACCUGGACUAGUGAUGCCCCAAUCUAAAGACUUCUACUUGUCAAAGACAUUAAAAAAUAUGCUGAACCAUCUAUAUACUACAUCUCCAGCUCUUAGAUAUUAUUUUGUGGACAGUGACGUCUUCUCAUUUAGCCACGGCAGUGCUAUUGCCUAUUUCUGGCUACAAUUUGCAUUACCAAAAGAACAGGAUCUUUUGGUUAAAUAUACUCUAAGUAUUGAAGUAUUGAUAAAUGUGUUACGACAGCAUCUCCAAACUGGUGAUGUAGGAAAGAUUAUGAAAACUGAGCCAUCCUCCCUCACUCUACAAGUUGCCAAUGAAGAAUACGUUCGAAGCUUGAAAACAGGUCAGUGUGUACAUCAGGUUUUGCUACUGAGCAAAGAACAGACUUUUGAUUCACUGGGAUUAAUUCAAUGCAACAGAAGCAGCAGUAACUAUUGGCUGGUCCAAGGAGAGAGUGGUUACUCCAUCAAGGCUACAAUUUCAACUAAACCUGGAGGAGCCAACUGCAAUGGUGUGGAUGUGGCAACUUAUAGUACUGGGUUUCUUGACCCAAGACAAACUGUUAGUAAGUUUGAACAAAUUGGUCAACCCUUUACCACGGAGGUCAUUGUUUCUUGGAGUACGUUACUGGUGGCCAUUAACCCAACAGCUGGAUGCGAUCUGUCGCAAUAUUCAAUUGCAUUUCUUCAGGUGCCAGUGACAGAGUGUGGUGGUGUUCUUGGUGGAACAAAUGGAAGCUUCAGGUCACCCAGCUAUUCUAAUAACCGGGAGAAAGCCAUCGAUUGUACUUGGAAAUUAAAGCUGCAGGAACAUUUUAGAGCCAAAAUUGUUUUCAAAGAUUUCAAGCUGGGUGGAUCUCCAAAGACAGGACAGUCGUGCGUAACUGAUUAUCUGGAGGUUGAUAGUCAAAGAUUCUGUGGAGACCAUCAGAGCCUUUGUCUCUCCAGUAAUAGUUCCAGUUUACAAAUACAAUUUCAUGCCAAUCAAAUCAACACAAAAGGCUUUGCUGCUGACUACAUGGCUAUAGAUGGUGAUUUGACAGAUGUGAAGUGCCACUGAUGAAGCUGAUGGAUUAAGAGGUCCUCAAAUAGUAUUUGGAAUAUACUGUAUAAAAUGCUUAGCCUCUGUAAUUCCACAGAUCUACAAGCAGGUUCUAAUGCACUGCUGGUCAGUGAUCUGGGUGUGCAAUGUGCAGGGGAAAUGCUUCCCAGUCAACAACUAUUUUUCACAUUUUAUACCCGAAAUCCACCAAGGCAGUUUUCCAUGAGACAUAUGUGUGAUCUUUUUAAUUAUCACUGGUCUUGUAAAGUUACCAGGUAUAAACAUAAAAUAUGUAUUUUUUUAUAAUGGGGAGAUUGAAAAAUUAUUAAUUUUGGGUUCAGAUUUCUUAACUCUGGAAAUUCAGUUGAUCCUGUUCCAGGUCUGAUAUGUGCACAUUGAAUCAAAUGUUAAAUGAAUGUUCAAUAUUUCAACCUGCAUUUGGCUACCAUUCCCUUGUCCGUGUUCUCGUCAGGAUUUUACUCUAUUUUGUCUAUUUUGUGAAAGAAGAUUCAAGCUCUAUUUUUUUUUUCUAACCUGGCCAUUUCCAAGACUGUUCCAAAAUUUCUGUCAACCAUAUGGAAAUUAUUUCUGGCCUUUCUCCUGAAAAGCCAGGUUUUAACAUAUGGACAACAGUUCUUGGGCCAAGAGUUCCCCAGAAUGUUUUUUCCCAUCAGUUCCACUUAAUUUCCUUGCAAUUCACCAUCAGUUAAAUCUCAAAUUUAUCAUUUCCAGGAAAUAGAAAGGAAUCCUAGCUUUUGUUACCUUAAUUUAACUCUUGAAAUUCAGGCAUCAUUUUAGUAUAUCAAUCCCCACCCUAUCUGUAAAUCCAAUGUAUUCCUUGUGAGUUAUGGUGUCCAAGUUUGUCCAAAUUAGCCUAGAGCUUCAUGGAGCUGUAUUAUAACUUUGAUAUCAUAUACUCCAGCCCUUUGGAUAUAAAAAUCAAAGGAAUUCCAUUGGCCUUUAUUAUAUUAUGAUCUAUCCAUAUGCACACCCAAGUCUCUAUGGGCUCCAAUAUUUCCAGCUUUUCUCAAUUGAGAAAGUUCUGUUCUGCCCUUUCUUAGGUCCAACAAUCACUUACUACCUACCGUAUGUCCAUUCAGUACAAUCUUUGUUGUCUCUAUGUAGUUUAAAUAUUGUUAUCCACAGUGCUUACAAUGUCAUCUACUUUUCGUGACAUUAGCAAGCUUGGAUAUGAAACUUCUUAUUCUAUCAUCGAUGGCAAGGAACUACAGUGAAAUCCUCAAUCCUUCUUUCACCAUCAUCCACCCUGUAACUAUGCUACCAUCCAUCCCAUCCACCCACAUUCCCCACUUUGAGAUCAGACAUUGGAAACAUUUCGAUUGUGGUUAUAGACAGGUAACAUGCUACUCAGCUUUUUUCCCUCCCACUAAGCACUACAGUAAUUUUGUGAUAUUUAAGAUAAAUUUCCAUUUGACCUGAGUCACUGUUCUUUUAGUAGGAUGUUAUUAAUUUGUGUUGAGGCUUUUAAAAUUAAUUGAUGAAUAUUUUCAUGUAAUAGAUGAUGACUUUAAUUCUAAGUCAUUAUGCUCUCCUCCAUCAGAAACAAGAAAGACCAAAACAUUUAGGGUAGGGGUAUUAUAGAAUAUGAAAAUUUUCUGAUUUGUUUUAUAUUAAAACAGGAAUUGCUGGAAGUUAAUUAUAUACAGUGAUUAUAGUUUUCUUAAAAUUGUCUAUUUUUAAAGAUGUGGAAUUGCUGAUUGUCUAAAAAGAUAUCUAUAGUGAAGAAAGGAAACAUAUUUACUUACCUUGGGAAAUAUUUAUGAGUAAAAUCCACAUCCUUUUUUAAGUCGUGUAUUGUAACUUGUAUAUAUCUUAUUUUUUUCACCUUUGAUGUUUGGUAUCGUUUUCUUUUUGGUUUCUGCCGAUAAUGUAAUAUUUUAAAGUAUUUAUGGAAUAUUCCAUUGAAAGAUUAAUAUUUUUUCAUCAAAAUACAGUGAUCAAUACUAGUACAGUUUUUCUUCAAUUUACUUACACAGUAUUGCACGGGUUGCACAGCAGCUGUGAAGAGACAAACAAAGCUAAUGUUUGUCAGGCCGGAUUCCGAUUCUGUAUCGGUGAUCUUUCAAAGGCAAGAUUGAUAUAUUUGUUUCUUAUAGUAUUGUGAAAUACCAGAAAAUAUGAAGAAAAUUUUGUACAACAGAAGAAUACAAUGCUACCUUAAGAUAAUAUCCACAAUAUUUAGUGUUCACUGUCCUUCUAAUUUUCACCAUUCAUGUCCCUUU